AUGGCUACUAGUACAGCAGCUCCAUAUUUGGCGCUUUUGGGUGAACAAGAUCUCAACUUGAAAAGUUAUGCUUUGAAAUCUAUAAAUGAUAUUGUUGAUGAAUUAUGGUCAGAAAUUGCCAAUAACAUUUUGGAAAUUGAAGAAUUAUAUGAAGAUGAAUCUUUUAAAGAUAGAAAAUUGGCCGCAUUAAUUGCCUCAAAAGUUUAUUAUAACUUGGUUGAUUAUGAUUCUUCUGUUAAAUUUGCCUUAGUGGCUGAUGAUGCUUUUGAUAUUAAUGAACAAUCUGGUUAUGUUGAAACAAUUAUUUCAAAAGCAAUUGAUCAAUAUAUUAGAUUAUCAAAAGAACAAUAUGAAAAUGAAAAUUCUCAAGUAGAAAUACCAAAACAAUUACAAAAUAUUUUUGAAAGAAUGUUGAAUAAAGCUAUUAAGGAAAAUGAUUUAAAAUCUGUUAUUGGUUUAUCAUUAGAUAGUUAUAGAUUAGAUAUUGUGGAAAAUAUCAUCAAUGAACAAUUGAAAGUUGAUUCAGAAGAAAAUGUCUUGAAUUUAAUCAAUUAUACAUUAAACAUUGCAACUUCAAUAAUCUCAAAUACAAGUUUUAGAUCUAAAAUCUUGAACUCAUUAGUUUCAAUCAUUACAAAUUUGAAAACUCCAGAUUUCUUUAUAGUAUCCAAGAUCAUUGUUAAUUUAAAUGAUGAUUCAUUGGCUGUUCAUUUAUUUACAAAUUUAUUAAAAUCAGAAGAAACAAAUAAUAGAUUAAUUGCAUAUCAAGUUGCUUUUGAUUUAGUCAAUUCAUCUUCACAAGAAUUAUUAGAUAAGACAAUUGUCAAAUUAUCAGAAUUGAAUUCAAACGAAUCUUCACCAUCACCAUCAAUUUCUAAAAUUAUUAAAAUCUUAUCAGGUAUCCCAUCAUGUGAUUUUGAUAUUACAUUUUUACACAAGAAUAAUAAUACAGAUAUCCAAAUAUUAAAUAAAGCAAGAGAUUCAUUAGAAUCAAGAAACUCUAUUUUCCAUUCUGCAAUUACAUUUGAAAAUGCAUUCAUGCAUGCUGGUACAACAGAUGAUUCAUUCUUUAGAUCUAAUUUAGAAUGGUUAGGUAAGGCAACAAAUUGGUCUAAAUUCUCUGCAACUGCUGCACUUGGUGUUAUUCAUAAAGGUAAUUUAUCUCAAGGAAGAAAGAUUCUACAACCUUACUUACCAGGUAGUUCUGGAUCUCAUUAUACAAAAGGUGGUUCUCUUUAUGCCUUAGGUUUGAUUUUUGCAGGUCAUGGUAGAGAAACUAUUGAUUAUUUAAGAAACCACGUUGUUGAAAAUGGUUCAAGUGCUGGUAAUGAUGAAGUUGAUGUUAUUUUACAUGGUGCUUCUUUAGGUACUGGUGUUGCUGGUAUGGGAUCAGGUAAUGAAGAAAUUUAUGAAGAAUUAAAAGUUGUCUUAUAUUCUGAUAGUGCAAUCUCUGGUGAAGCUGCUGCUUUAGGUAUGGGUUUAAUUAUGCUUGGUUCUGGUAAUGAAUCUGUCCAAGCUGAUAUGUUAUCUUAUGCCCAAGAAACUCAACAUGAAAAUAUUAUUCGUGGGUUAUCUACCGGUAUUGCCUUAGUUAAUUAUGGUAAAGAAGAACAAGCUGAUGAAGUCAUUUCACAAUUAUUAGAACAUCAAAAUCCUUUAUUACGUUAUGGUGGUGCUUACACAAUUGCCUUAGCCUAUGCUGGUACUGGUAACAAUAAAGCCAUCAAGAAAUUAUUACAUGUUGCUGUUUCAGAUUCUAACGAUAAUGUUAGAAGAGCUUCAGUUAUUGCAUUGGGUUUUGUCUUAAUUCGUGACUAUCAAACAGUUCCAAGAUUAGUUGAAUUACUUUCAGAAUCCCAUAAUCCUCAUGUUCGUUAUGGUACUGCAUUAGCUCUUGGUAUUUCAUGUGCUGGUCGUGGAUUACAACAAGCUGUUGAUGUGUUGAUGCCAUUGACUAAAGAUCCUGUUGAUUUUGUUCGCCAAGGUGCAUUAGUUGCUCUUUCAAUGGUUUUAAUCCAACAAAAUGAAAAAUCAAACUCAAAAGUCACUGAAGUUAAAGAAUUAUAUGCUUCAAUUAUCUCAAGUAAGAGUUCUGAUGCUUUAACAAAAUUUGGUGCUGCUUUAGCUCAAGGUAUAAUAGAUGCUGGUGGUCGUAAUGUUACCAUUCAAGUUGAAAAUGGUUCAACUGGUACUUUAAACACUAAAGCUAUUGUUGGUUUAGCCGUCUUCACACAAUUUUGGUACUGGUACCCAUUAACACAUUUCUUAUCAUUAGCAUUUACUCCAACUGCAAUUAUUGGUGUUCGUGAAGAUUUAAAAAUUCCAAAAUUUGAAAUUAAUUGUCAUUCCAAAAAAUCAUUAUUUGAUUAUCCACCAAAAGUUAAAGAAGAAACUACACAAGCUUAUGAAAAAGUUGAAACUGCAGUCUUAUCAACAACUGCUAAGGCAAAAGCAAGAGCUAAAAAAUCCCAAAAGGAGAAAAAAGAAGAUGACAUGGAUGUUGAUGAAAAACCAGAAGAUAAAACUUCUAAAGAAGAAUCAACUAAAAAAGACGAAGAAAAAGAUAAAGAACAACAAGAUACAACAAUUACAAGUGAAGAUAAUGAAGAUAAUUCAGUUUCAAAAUACUCCAAAACUCCUUUCAAAUUAAACAAUGUAACCAGAGUAUUACCAAAUCAAUUAAAAUAUAUUGCUUUUAAUAAAGACGAAAGAUUUGUUCCAGUUAGAAAAUAUAAAGGUAAUGGAGGUGUUGUUGUUCUUAUUGAUAAAUCACCAAAAGAACCAAUUGAAUCAAUUAAGACUGUUCGUCAAUUAAAUAACAAAGAUGCCCCAUUACCAGAACCUUUCCAUUUAGAAAAUACUGAAGAAGAAGAUUAA